UCGCUCGCGCGCGGCGCGUGGACGCGCCCGGGCGCGCGGCGCGCGAGCGCGACGCUCGCGGCGAUCGCGCGCGGCGAUCAGGGCGUCGAACGCGCGCGCGAGGACGCGGUGAGCGCGCUCGGGACAAAAAGUGCACCGCGGCGAGCGGUGGAGGAACCGACGCGCGCGGGCGAGGGCGCGCGGGCGAGGGCGCGAAUCGAUCCGCGAGUCGCCGCGCGCGCGAUGACGUCGCGAACGGCGAACGUCGCGCCGGAACUCGUGGAUGCGUUCGGGCGAGGGCAUAAUUACCUGCGCAUCAGCUUGACGGAAAAGUGCAACCUGCGGUGCGGGUAUUGCAUGCCCGAGGACGGCGUGGAUUUGACGGCGAAGGAUGAGUUGCUCACCGCGGAUGAGAUCGGGAGGGUGGUUAAAAUAUUUGCCGCGGCUGGGGUGGAUAAAGUGCGGCUCACCGGGGGUGAGCCGACGCUGAGAAAAGAUUUGGAAGACGUGGUGCGACGGGUGAGCGGGACGCCGGGGGUGCGCGAGACGAGCGUCACGACGAACGGAGUGACGCUCGCGAAGCGGUUAGACGCGCUUAGAGCGAACGGAUUGACGCGUUUGAAUGUGUCGCUUGAUACGCUCGUGCCGGCGAAGUUUGAGUUCAUGACGCGGAGGAAAGGGCACGAUCGGGUACUGGCGAGCGUCGACAAGGCGUGCGAACUCGGAUUUCAGAGCGUCAAGGUGAACUGCGUCGUCAUGCGCGGGCAAAACGACGACGAGCUGCUUGAUUUCGUGGCGUUGACGAAAGACAAGCCGAUUAAUGUGAGAUUUAUAGAGUACAUGCCGUUCGACGGCAAUAAGUGGAGCACGAAGAAGAUGGUGUCGUACGCCGAGAUGCGCGCGAGAAUAGAAGAGGCGUACGGCGCGUUGACGCGCGUCGACGACCCGCGCGAGGAAGUCGCGAAGAACUUCACCCUGCCCGGUCACAAAGGUUCGGUGAGCUUCAUCACGAGCAUGACGAACUCAUUCUGCGGCGGAUGUAACCGCUUACGCAUCAUGGCGGACGGUAAUUUGAAGGUUUGUUUAUUCGGCAAUUCAGAGGUGAGCUUGCGAGACGCCAUGCGCUCGGGCGCGUCGGACGACGACAUUUUGCGCGUCAUCGGCGCUGCGGUCAAGCGAAAGAAGGCCGCGCACGCGGGCAUGCACGAGCUCGCGGCGCAGGAUAAUCGCGCGAUGAUCAAGAUAGGGGGUUAGCCU